GUGUUGAAUUGUCCUAUGUGCCAUGUGUCAAAGCAUAUCCACUACCCCAUACUUUUUUUAUACACACCCAACUUUGGAUGAGAUGAAGAUAUAAUACAAAACACUUCUGAGUGGUUCAUAUUAAACCACAUUUUCAAUUUAUACCAUAUAGUUAUUCCACCUAACUCUCUCAUCAACCUCACUCUCAUCUAAAGAAAAUAGUUGUUACUCAAAUAACAUGGAUGCUUGUUUUCUCUCUCACAGUUCCUCCUUCACCAAGAUCAGAGCUGGAUCUCUAUCACACUCUAAAAGAUCUUCUCAACAAUUUCAUUCAAGAAAAGUUGGAAUUCCAUUUCAUGUAUCAUGCUGCAACAUGUCAUCAUCAUCACCGUUGGAUGAUGACAAACCAACCCUUAACACCGAUUGGCGAACUUUCCGUGCAAAAUUGGUGGCCGGAGAACAAUUACUAAAGCCUGACUCACUUUCAUCGAUUACUAAUCCAGACACGGUUGUGGAUCGUCCACCACUGAUCACAAUCGGUGACAAAUGGGCCCACAUAAUCCAUGAGCCCGAAAGAGGUUGUUUACUAAUAGCAACAGAAAAGCUUGAUGGUGUUCACAUUUUCGAACGAACGGUGGUCCUUCUUUUAUCAAACGGCCCAAUAGGCCCAUCAGGGAUCAUACUCAAUAGACCAUCAUUGAUGUCUAUUAAAGAGACAAGGUCUACAGCAUUUGAUGUGAAUGGUACUUUUUCUAAUAGUCCUUUGUAUUUUGGAGGACCUUUAGAAGAAGGGUUGUUUUUGGUGAAUCCUAAAGAUGAUGGGGUGGGUAAAAGUGGUGUUUUUGAUGAAGUGAUGAAGGGUUUAUAUUAUGGUACAAAAGAAAGUGUGGGGUGUGCUGCUGAAAUGGUGAAGAGGAAUGUUGUCGAGGUCAGUGAUUUUAGGUUCUUUGAUGGGUAUUGUGGUUGGGAGAAAGAACAAUUAAGAGAUGAAAUUAGAAGUGGUUAUUGGACUGUGGCUGCUUGUAGUCCAAGUGUUGUUGAUUUGGGUAAUGUUGGAAUUGUUGGGCUUUGGGAUGAAGUUCUUGGGCUUAUGGGUAGAAGGAAGGUCAGGUAAGGAGCUCUAAUGUGAGGGCCCAAUUUUACCCACUCUCGCCCUUAUAUGAUUUCGGAAAUACACUCUUGGACCGGUAAAAAAGAGUGUUGUUCGAAAAUACAUAUUUGGGCGGGAGAAGCUGUUUGUUUUUCAAAUGUAUAUUUCCGAAGUGCUCGUAGGAUGGAAAAAGUUGGGCUCUAAUUCAAUAGGUGUUGGUAUUGAUAUCGAUGUUCUCUACUACAUCUAGACUUUUUGGGUAUGUUUCAAUUGAUAGUACAUGGCGAAAUGAAGUAAAAUAAAAUGAAAUUGUCUAGUUAGAUUUUUUAAAGAAAUGGAUGCUAUCCGAUUUCAUUCUAUUUCGUUUCAUUUCAUUUUAUACCAUCAAAGUUUACUUUCAAGCUUAUUUGAACUUUCAGAAAAUCUAGGUGUAGUAGGAAAAACAUAUAUGCUAAUACCAUGUCCUAAUUUAAACUGUAAUUUUAAACCAACUUGAUUGGAAGGUUCUCAUUUGUCUGAUUUAGUUAGAUUCUGACAAGUUGAUAAAAGUUGUAAAAUAUAGUAUUCUUUACCUAAUUGUUGUGUUUAA